UGUUCAGACCGGAGCAGGUGGGAGGGCUACAAUGCUUCAGCAGGCACUUAUGACCCCCGCUACAGAGACUACUACGACCAGAACUACUGGUACAACUACAACCCUGAGGCCUACCGGGGAAGGGAGGCAGCCUACUACAACCAGCAGCCCACCCAGCAGUACCCUGCCGCUACUGCCAGGCCACAGGGCUAUGACGACAAGUGGCGCUACUAUCCUGGUUACGAUGCCACUUUUGACGAUGACUACCGGCGGCAGAGGGAUGAGUACAGGGACGAUUUUGACCGACGGAGCGUCCACAGCGAACAGUCGGCCCACAGUCUACACAGCUCCCAAAGCCAUCGCAGCCGACGCAGCAGCUUUAGCUCCCGCUCACAACAGAGCGAGGUGUACAGGUCCCAGCCUGACCUGACAGCGGUUUACGACCCCACUGUUUCUACCCUGCCUGUGGACUACUCCUAUGGACAAUACCCAGAGCAGACGGAUCCCGGACAGAGCUUCAGCCAGUACCCCUACACAUCGGGCUACCAGGCAGAUGACAGCACCUGGGUCGUCGCUGAGCAGCCUCCUCCUCGUCCCGUUACUCCAGAGAAGUACUCGGUAUCCCACCGCUGUGCCCGCUUCGGGCCAGGUGGUCAGCUGAUCCAGGUCCUGCCCAACCUCCCCUCGGCCGGCCAGCCUGCUCUAGUGGAGAUCCACAACAUGGAGAUGAUGCUGCAGGACACACCAGACCAAUCUGAGCUGCGCUCCUUCCCCGGACCGCUUUUGAAGGAGGAGACUCACAAGGUCGACGUGAUAAAGUUCUCCCAGAACAAAGGCCUGGAGUGUGCCCGCAACAAUGACCUUCUGGACAAGGACUCGGCUGCCCUCCUCUGGGACUUCAUCGUGCUGCUGUGUAGGCAGAACGGGACCGUGGUUGGGACAGACAUAGCUGAUCUGUUGCUGAAGGAGCAUCGCUCAGUGUGGUUGCCGGGCAAGUCACCUAACGAGGCCAACCUGAUUGACUUCAACAACGAGCCACUGGCGCGGGCCGAGGAGGAGCCUGGGACGGGACCACUGUCCCUCCUAUCAGACACCUUCAUGACUGUCCCCGAGAACGUAGGCAAGGAAACGGAGCGCUUCAGGGAACUGCUGCUAUUUGGUCGCAAGAAGGAUGCCCUGGAGGCAGCCAUGAAGGGAGCUCUGUGGGGCCACGCCCUGCUGCUGGCCAGUAAGAUGGACAGCCGGACACAUGCUCGCGUCAUGACCAGGUUUGCGAACAGUCUGCCCAUCAACGACCCUCUGCAGACAGUGUACCAACUGAUGUCUGGGAGGAUGCCCGCCUCAGCCACUUGCUGUGGGGAUGAGAAGUGGGGCGACUGGCGCCCCCAUCUGGCCAUGGUGCUGUCCAACCUGACCCACACUUUGGACCUGGACACACGUACCAUCACCACCAUGGGAGACACUCUGGCUUCCAAGGGGCUAACCGAUGCGGCCCACUUCUGUUACCUGAUGGCCCAGGUUGGUUUGGGGGUGUUCACCAAAAAGAGCACCAAAAUGGUUCUAAUCGGCUCAAACCACAGUCUAUCGUUCUUCCAGUUUGCGUCUAACGAAGCGAUCCAGAGGACGGAGGCCUAUGAGUAUGCCCAGUCUCUGGGCUCCCAGCCUUGCUCCCUGCCCAACUUCCAGGUGUUCAAGCUGAUCUAUGCGUGUCGCCUGGCCGAGGCCGGCCUGUGUGCUCAGGCCUUCCAUUACUGUGAGGUUAUCUCCAGGAGCGUGCUCAUGCAGCCGUCCUACCACUCUCCUGUGUUCACCAGUCAGCUGAUACAGAUGUCUGAGAAGAUGCGAUUCUUCGAUCCACAACUGAAGGAGAAGGCGGAUCAGGAGCUCUUCAACGAGCCAGAGUGGCUGAUUAAUCUGAGACAGCUGGAUGGACAGAUGAGGACUGGAGUGAUUGCAUACAAUGCAGACAGGGCUACUCCUCAACAGUAUGACUGCAGCACCCCCAAUUCUGAGUUAGACCAGACCAGCCCGCCUGAGCCAUAUGCCCAGCCUCUGGACAUGGUUGGCCACACCUCUGACAACCCUCUGAUGACAUCACUCAUGCCCGGACCGCCUCAGCAAGGGGUGCAGCUGAUGCCUCCAGCUCCCCCAACUAUCCUCCAGGACGGAAUGGUCUCCCAGCCGCCACACCCCAACGAGGGGGUCCAGUUCUACCCAGUACCCCCCAGUCUCCCUGGACCACCUGGCCAGAUCCCCUUAUCAGGGUUCCCUCCCCAAGGCUCUGGCUUUGUGCAACCUUACCAACCCCAGCAGCCCCAACCGGAUAAAAAGGACAUGUUUCCUGGAGCCCAGCACCAGCAGAUGGCGCCACCACAGCAUCAGCAACAGAUGAUGCCCCCGCAAAUACAGCAGCCACAAAAGAUGCCCUCUGACGAUUAUCAGCCGACGGGUCCACUGGAACUACAGCCUCCUCCCAUGUCCACCUCUCCACAGAGGAACACCUUCACGCCUCAGAUGGACUUCUAUGACCAAAUGGCUCACAUGGGCCCAGGAAGAAGAUCCAGGACUACUUCACAGUCCUCAAUGCACAUGCAGCCUCCAGGUCGCCGCUCCCGCACCAUGUCGGAAUCUUCCACACACUCCGGAGGACGAGAGAGGAGCAACUCGGCAGCCAAGCAGUCCUCUCCGCCUCCACUCUCCAUCCCUGAGCAGGCCAAGAAGGACUCGCCUAAAAAGGGAGGGGGGGGUGGUGGUUGGCUCAACUGGCUCUAUAGGAAGGGGAAGAAUGAAGCCCACCUUCCGGAUGACAAGAACAAAUCUAUUGUCUGGGACGAGAAGAAACAGAAAUGGGUCAACUUGGAUGAGCCAGAGGAGGAGUACAAGCCCCCUCCUCCUCCUCCCUCGGGCUUCCCUAAGAUGCUGGGACCCAUACCGGGACAAGGGGGUCCUGGGGGUCCCCCUACUGGUGGGCCGCCUGUCAACAUGUUCUCCAGGAGAGCAGGUACAAAGAGCCGCUACGUGGAUGUCCUGAACCCAGGUGGACCCCGUGUCAAGCCUGGUGGAUCGGCACCUGCCCCGUCAGACUUCUUUGCCCCGUUGGCUCCCAUGCCCAUGCCAGCCAACCUGUUUGUGCCCGGAGCAGAGGAGCAGCAGCCCAUGGAGGGUAAUGUCCCAGAGACAGGAGGGAACCAGGAACAGAGCGACCCUAACCCCAGUGCUGUGCCACAGAUGUUCAACCCAACAUUGUUACCGCCCGGUCCAGUGGGGCCCCCUAUUGCCUCUGGGUCACCGUCAGGAGAGCUGUCGCGUUCUAGCUCAAUGAGUUCUUUAUCACUUGAAUUGAGUCACCAUAUAAACCAGGUGCCCCCGACUCCCCAGGGAGCUCCACCCUCUGGAGGUGUGACGUUCUAUAACCCCGCCCAGUUUGCACAGGCGAGUACUCCAUCGGGACGGCUUCUGUCUGGGAGGUUGGGCGGUCAGAGGGCAUACCCAGUGCUGAAGUAGAUAUCCAGCCUAGUUCAUCCUAAAACAGACUUUAUGGGUUUAUCCACCCCCUGGGAAGCGCAUAGACACCUCAACUCCCCCUCUGAUGGACCCCCCCUUACACCCCCAGACGAACACUACCACCAGUACCAUCAUCGUCAAAUGACUAUACCACUCUUUCACUAAUUAAAAAAAAAAAAAAAAGAACAUUUGUUAAUUAUUUGCAGGCAAGAUUGUCAUAAAGGGCUUUUUCAUGUGUCCAAACUGAGUUAGUUGGUACAAUGGAUCUUAACGGACAUGCACAUACUUAGCUUGAUUAUACUGUAUGUGACAACCUAUUGUUCUCCCUUGACUGUGGAGACAGACAUGCUAGUGUGUUUAGCUCUUAGACAACAUUCCCUCUACACACAUGCUGAGACAAAGGACUGUUCUGGUCCAAUUUUUAUCUAUUACGUGUGUCUUUGCCCCUUACGUUAGUGUGUAAAAGAGUUUAAAAAAAAUGCGUAGCACUUAGGGAGCUCAGCUCACUUGUUUAUACUAGUGUAUAUGGCUCCUCAGUGUUCCCGUACAGAUACUGAAGGUACUGUAGCGCUGAUGUGUGUGGAGUAUCAGUAGUGCAAUGCCUGCUGUGUUCACUCUCCCUCAUUCAGAUGUGCUCAGGAGGUGUGAUGUGGGGUCCAGCAGAGGCAAUAGGAGUGACUGUCACGCCUCGCUACCCUAGGAGUUUAGAAGUUUGAGUGUUGGAAUGUUCUUUUUAGAUAUUUAUAAAAUGUUGCUGCCUACCAACAACAUUAUCAUGCACAAAGGUCUUAAGUCUCAACUAGGCUUCCUCUCUCCCAACUGAGUUUAGAAGCAGGCCUUUAGAGGAACAAGGAGUGAGCUGGGAUUCAGGGGCCUCAUUUAUAAACCGUGCGUGCAUACCCCAAAAUGUGCAUGCGCCAGUUUUCACGAUCAAGUUGGCAUUUAUAAAGAUGUAACGUGAUGUGAGAAUGUGCUCAGCUCCCCGUUUAGACCAUGCGUAAGCACAUCUACUAGUGACUGAAAUAUUGUAUUGCAAGCUGGCAAGCAAGUAUUUUGUCCAAAUGGGGGAUAUGAUGAAAAGCUUAUUCAUAAAAAAACUAAAAACAGGACAACAUAUUAACACAAAUGCAGCCAUUUGCCAUUACUAAGAGCAAAAUUCUUUAUUUAAUCUAAAAUAAACAUUUGAAUCUUUCUAUUUUCAUAACCAUUGCAGAAUACAUUUCUCACCUUUUCUAGCCGUAAUGGGUUCAUAUUCCCGAAGUAGCCAUACAACAAAUUAGCAUGUGCAUCUAAUUUAAUUGGACCUAGGAGCCUAGUAAAUAGAUAGGCUAUGUAUUAAGUUGUGCAAUCCCAUAGGCAGUGUGGUUUAUAAUAUAGCCUACAGUCUAAUUUAAAAGGUGAACAGUUUCUUUUACAUUGAAGUAGGCCUAUGUAUGCUAAUGUAAUAAAAAAAAGUUGGUAGCCUUAGACAAUUUUUCAGAAUUCACGGCCAGUCCCAUCAUAUUUAGAUGAAAAGUCAAUGCAAAACAUUGUUGAAUUUAAACGUUCUGCUGACAGGUCCACAAUUUGCCAUUUGUUUUCUCUUUCAUAAACUGUAUUGGAACAUUCUGCCAACACAGUAGUUUUAUGUAAAAUAUUUGAUUAUGGGUAAGCUAAUGUAUUGCUGUGAGAUAGAAGCACAACAUUGGCAAUUUAAUCAGAGCCUAUACUAAGGCAGGACAUUGUUCAAUAUUUUGUUUAUCAAUAGAUAGAAACAAUUUCUAUUUUGCACUUUAGUGUGGGCUGUAGCAUUUAGCCUACUUUUAAAGUGUUUCAAAAUAUAGGCUACAAUCAACCUUACAGACAUCACGCACUCGCUAUAGGCAGCAUGCAUGUUUAGUUUGAAUAACUGCAAAACAUUCUGCCCACAGAAAUGUGAUCAAAAUUGCAAUUGCCCAUGUUAGAUACUGCCAUGGCCUAAUUCCACAUUUUACAGCAAAUAAAGUGUGUUAUUGUCACCAUAAAAGUUGAAUGGAGGUGUUUUCCAGGCAGAGUUUUAAUGCGUGCAGUUUUACAAUCGGUCCGAUUUAUAAACGGGAAACAAUCAUGCAUAUAUAGGGUGUGCACCAAAUGUAUGAAUCUAAAUAUUUUUGUACUCCCGCUGAAUUUUCAGAAAUGUCUCUAAUUCGGAAAUGUGUGAACAGUUAUAAAUGAGGCCCCAGGACUAUAUUGGUCAAGUCUCAGAUGACACCAUAUUUCCUAUAUAGUGCACAACUAGGUGGCUCAGGUCAAAAGUAGUGCAUGCACUUUAUAGGGAAUAGUCAUGGUGUCAUUUGACUACAAUUUUUAAAUGUCAUUAAUCUAUCCAAAUAUUUAUCUGAUCGAUUGUAUUUAUGAGCUGUAGUCAUGAGCAAAAGUGUGAAGAGCAACUAUUGUUUUUGCAGAUAUUAAUAGAUUAUAUAAUACCUGGAUUCACGUUUGUAUCGGCUGCUUCUGCAGAUUAACUAGCCCAUCAUUAAAUACAUCUGUGAAAGGAGAGCAAAUUUUACUCAAAACUGCCGUUUUCCAUUUUUUUGCUGUUGCUUUUGUUAUCCAAAAUUCCUUGCUUCCCCUUUGUUCUUGACUUUGUUUGUGUUGAACACCCAAUUAUUUUUUUCCCAAAGGUCUCCUUUUUGUCAGAGAAAAGCUGUUGAUUUUUCCUGUUUUAGAAUUCAACCCUGUAAAAUUCUUGACAAAAAAAAUGGUAAUAAAGAUAUUUUGCCGCUCUUUA